CACGAGGACAGCCUUGUUAAGCAAUGUGGAAUAAUUCUUUGUUGCUGGGUUGCAGCUUUUGUUGUUGCAAUUAUAGAGUUUGGAGCUUGUAUUCGUAAUAAAUUCAGAAGAUAGUCACUAAAAUGGGAAUCAUCACACGCAGUGGAGUUGUUAGAAAACCAAAUGAGACUAUGAGGCUAAUCAUUACGACUUUUAUUGGAGUUGUGUUUGGAUUCUUGAUAGGAGUAUCCUUUCCCACAAUUUCAUUAACUAAGCUGAACUUCCCAUCCAGCCUUCUCCCGUCCAUUGAUCUCACUUACAUUGAAGACAAGAAUUCAGGGCUUUCAACCCAGAGAUUUUUGCACCGAGCCUGGUCUUCUGUAAAGGAAAAUGGAAGCAGGUCAACUCAUGGUCGAAAUUUGAAUGACACAUCAAAGAUAUGGGUUCCAACAAAUCCUCGGGGUGCAGAAAGACUACCACCGGGUAUUGUCGAAGCUGAGUCAGACUUCUACCUACAUAGAUUGUGGGGUAAGCCUGGUGAGGACCUAACGAUCAAGCCGAAGUAUCUUGUAACCUUCACUGUUGGUUAUGCUCAGAAAAAUAAUAUCGAUGCAGCUGUUAAAAAGUUCUCAGAGAACUUUACCAUUCUACUAUUUCACUAUGAUGGUCGGACUAGUGAGUGGGAUGAGUUUGAGUGGUCAAAGCGUGCAAUUCAUGUUAGUGUUUCAAAACAAACCAAAUGGUGGUAUGCCAAACGCUUCUUGCAUCCAGAUAUUGUAGCAUCUUAUGACUACAUAUUUAUCUGGGAUGAAGAUCUAGGAGUUGAGCAUUUUGAUGCAGAAGAAUACAUAAAAUUGGUUAGGAAGCAUGGUUUGGAGAUUUCACAGCCUGGGUUAGAGCCAAACAGAGGGUUGACAUGGCAGAUGACAAAGAGAAGGGGUGACCGUGAAGUUCACAAAGAAACAGAAGAGAGACCGGGUUGGUGCACAGACCCACAUGUGCCACCUUGUGCAGCAUUUGUUGAGAUCAUGGCUACUGUGUUCUCUAGAGAUGCAUGGCGCUGUGUGUGGCAUAUGAUUCAGAAUGACUUGGUUCAUGGAUGGGGCCUUGAUUUUGCUCUUAGGAGAUGCGUAGAUCCUGCACAUGAGAAAAUAGGAGUUGUAGAUGCUCAGUGGAUUGUUCAUCAGACUGUUCCCUCACUUGGUAACCAGGGGCAGGCACAGGACGGGAAGGCACCAUGGGAAGGGGUAAGGGACAGGUGUAGAAAAGAGUGGACAAUGUUUCAAGGCCGAAUGGCACAAGCAGAGAAGGAAUACUAUAGGGAAAUGGGUAUUGAACUGCCCAGUUCAAAUUAGGGGUUUGGAUGACAAUGAUGUCAGCAGAAACUCGAUUUUCUUCUGUACAACUGUCACCGAUGUUCAGCUUAGGAUUACAUUGCCUUUGGUAGAUUUGAAAAGAAGUAGAAACAAACCAUUGCAAUACUUGUAGAGUAAGAUUUUACCAAUAAUUAUUUAUUUUUGAGUUCCCCA